CAGGCUGCCUGUAGUACUACUCGUCUACUAGUCCCCCUCCCCCCCCCCUCAGCGUCUCCCUCCCAUUCCCCGCAAACCAAGCGACGACGCGGCCCACGACGCCAUGAGCUGAACAUUGAGGCAGUCGCCGCUCCAGUCCUCUGCUCUUCCAUCCGCCCGCGGCAGCGCCUCGAGGCCGUGCGGGGGCUAGGGUUUGGAUUCGUGGGUGGAGCCCGAGGCUAGAUCCAGCAGGGGGGAGGCAGGUACAGGGAGGGGAGGGGGAGGGGUGGUGGGCCCAGCCGGCGCGGAUGGCCGCCACCGCCGGUGCGUCGGACGACGGCGGUAGCGUCGGCGGCGGCGGGGGCGGCGAGCGGAUGAAGCUGCUGUGCAGCCUCGGCGGGCGCAUCCUCCCGCGCCCGGGGGACGGCACGCUGCGGUACGCGGGUGGGGACACCCGGAUCGUGUCCGUGCCGCGCGGGGUGUCGCUGCCGGACCUCCUGGCGCGGCUCGCCGACGCGUACGGCGGCGCCACGGGCCCGCACUUCGCCGUCAAGUACCAGCUCCCCGACGAAGGGCUCGACGCGCUCAUCUCCGUGUCCUCGCCGGAGGAUCUCGACAACAUGGUCGAGGAGUACGACAAGCUCAGCGGCGCCAGCCCCAAGCUGAGGGUCUUCAUCUUCCCCAUCCUGGAUGCGGUGGGGGCCGGCAGCGGCGCCGCCGGCGGGGAGGAGUUGGAGACCGGGAGCUUCGACGCGGGCCUUCGGUACCUGGAGGCCGUGAACGGCAUUGUGCGCAAGGACAGCAUCGCGAGCCUCUCCUCCACGCAGUGCUCUGACGGGGGGCUGCCCCCUCCGGCGCCGUCAGGUGGUGGCGGCGGCCCUGGGUCUCCGGCUGGGCUUUCCCCCACCUCCACUAGCUCAAAUGAUGCCGCGAGAUCGAACAUCAGUGGGGCUGGGGUGGCGCCUCCGCCCCUUGUUGAUGUCUUCAGCAAUGCUGCUCCUGCUCCUGUACAGGUGAAGCCACAGGAGAUUGCUGCUGAAGGGAGGGCUCCCCAGGCGAAUCCACAUCCACAUCCAGAGGUAGCUACACAUCCCCAUCCAGAGGCAACGAGGUACAGGCAACCACUGUCGCAGCUGCCACCACUGCCUCCUGUCUUCAUGAACGAUCAUAGAGAUGCCAUUCAGGGUCUGAAUCAGCAGCCACCAGGUCAUGGGCCAAGAUUCGACGAUUGCCACAUGUGCUUGAAGGCAUUGCCUCACGCCCACUCUGAUCCGGUGGUGAAUGAGUAUGGCAAUGAGGUGCAUGGAGGGGCUGCUCCUGAGCCUGGGCCUGUGUUCAUGAGCCUGCGGCCUGAAGAUGUGGCAAGGAUGAUGAUACCAGAGAGGGGCGUUCAGGCACCAAUGGGGGCUUAUGGAUACACACAUAUGCAUCCAGUGCCGCAGGAGAGGGUGUAUGUGCCCAAGAUGGAAGGGGUUACAAACUCAGUGCUCAUUGACCCAACUGGCUUGCAUCAGCAUGUGUAUGUGCAGCAGCAAAUGCCGCCACAACAGUUGCCAUCAACCUAUGGGUUUAGCCAUAUUCCCGUGAUUCCUAGCGAGAAGGACAGAGUAGUUUCUCCAAGUUCUGCGCAUACUGAUGUUGCGAGCUCUCAUCAUCAAUUUUUGCAGCAGUCACAGCAGCAGUUACCUUCUGGCCAUGGGAUGCCUCAGUAUUCAGUGAAGCCUGCUAGUCCCAAUAACCCGCUUGCUGGUGAAGGUAGUGUAAGUGGCAAUUCAAGGCAUCGUGAGGAUGGGCAGGUGUAUCGUGACAAUGCGCCUCCAGUUGCACCUGUGGCUGUGCCAACAUACAUGGCAAAUGUGGACAGGAUGAUGGAUUCACUCCGGAUGAGCCCCAGCGAGGUUUCUGGCUCUACUGAACAAAGGAAACAUGCAAUGUCUCCUGACAGUGGUUUACCCCAGAAUGCAGUGCCAGAUCACUCUCAGGGGCACCCAGAGAACAGUAUCAGUACCUGGCCAGAUACCCGAGCAAAUGAGGUUCAUCCAAGCAACACCAAUACUUUUUUUGAUGUUAGUGAACCAAAGGUAUUACUUCAAACUGAAUCUGCACCACCACCUUCUGUGGCCAGCUCUUAUCUGCACAACGUCCAGCAUGUUAAUAUGAGCCAUAUGCCACAUAUGAUGAGCAUUGGGGGACCCUAUUCUAGUUAUGUUGUUGCUACAGUCGGACCUGGUGGAUUGCCUCAAUCAACUUAUGGUAUUGAUAUGGUCUAUCCAAAUGCCACUGUUAAUCCAGCAAGUGAGAGAAGAGAUGUUCCGCCUGAAGUUUAUCACAAGGAAGCUCCACAUGAAGUCGUAGCUCCUCCAAACACAGUUCAGUUGCCGACAGCAGCAUUGGCAAACCAUGCUCCAAAUGUGGAUCAAGCAGCUGCCAAUGCACAUGCGCUGCCACCAAGACCUAAGAGGGUAGCAAGCAGAGAGAACAUCAGCCCAAAGGAUCCCCAUCCAAACAACUCUUUGUUGAACUGCAAAGGGCCAGAUCUGAAUAUUCCAGCUGAGGAUGUUUCUCUCCAGAAACAGUCAGAUCACAAAGGUGAUGACAUCUCUAACCUAGAUUUACUGAGUAUGGAGGAUGAGUUAGCUACAUCUAAAGCUCAGUCAUCCGAGCCUCAACCUCCUCUGGUAAAUGAAGGAGUUGGGGCCGUUACCAAUAAAGUAGAAGGUGAAGUCCACCCCAACGAGGUUUCCAAGAGCAGGCCAGCAGAUUGGAUUUCUGGAUUUCCACCAGUUUCAGAUGGACGCCUGCAGAUUAUAAAGAACAAUGACCUUGAAGAGCUCCAAGAGCUUGGUUCUGGAACUUUUGGAACUGUCUAUCAUGGUAAAUGGAGAGGCACUGAUGUUGCAAUAAAACGAAUCAAUGAUAGAUGUUUUGCUGGGAAACCAUCUGAGCAAGAAAAGAUGCGGUAUGACUUCUGGAAUGAAGCAUCUAAACUUGCCGAUCUGCACCACCCAAAUGUUGUCGCUUUUUAUGGUGUUGUGCUUGAUGGACCUGGGGGAUCCAUUGCCACAGUUACAGAAUAUAUGGUCAAUGGCUCACUUAGGACAGCUUUGCUAAAGAAUGCCAAAACCCUCGAUCGGCGCAAGAGAUUAAUUAUUGCCAUGGAUACAGCCUUUGGAAUGGAAUACUUGCAUAGCAAGAACAUCGUGCACUUUGACCUGAAAAGUGACAAUUUGCUUGUUAAUUUGAGGGACCCUCAGCGUCCAAUAUGCAAGGUUGGUGAUCUUGGGCUUUCAAAAGUGAAGUGUCAGACCCUCAUCUCUGGAGGUGUCCGGGGAACACUUCCAUGGAUGGCCCCAGAACUUCUGAAUGGUAGCAGCAGCUUGGUCUCGGAAAAGGUUGAUGUAUUCUCUUUUGGGAUUGUUCUCUGGGAACUGUUAACAGGAGAAGAGCCAUAUGCAGAUUUACACUAUGGUGUUAUAAUAGGUGGCAUUGUGAGCAACACUCUACGGCCGGCAGUGCCCGACUCCUGUGACCCAGAGUGGAGGUCACUAAUGGAGCAAUGCUGGUCAACAGAACCAUCUGAGCGGCCAAACUUUACAGAGAUUGCGAACAGGCUGCGCUCCAUGGCAGCGUCCCAGAAGGUACAACACUAAGGGGCCACCAGUAUGCAGAAGUUAUAGUGGAGCAGCGUCGUCAAACUUGCAGGUUAUAUCCAUGGACCAGUUCGCCACCUGCCAUAUAUGCCUAGGAUCUGUUCAUACCCUUCAUUUGUUCGUAUAUGUAAUCAAAAGUUACCCGCCAGUGUGUCUACAGAGUGUGGCAAUGGACGCAGCAGAUGCCUAUUCAUUCAUUCAUACCGUUUUGGUCGAGAGGUGCGUUCAAUAAGUUACUAGUCUAGUGUCCGUUAUAGGGGAGAGUUCGAUAUUAUUAUUCUUAUUUUCAUUUUCUUCUUCUCUUUCACCCUUUUUCUCUGGGUAAUAAUUGGGUUACUUGGAAACUGUUGGUCAGUCGGUCAGGUCGGUUGGUCAGUUAGAAUGUGAACUGGUUGUUGCUGGGUAAGUAUGGUUUGUUUGGUAUAUUACAAGUCUGGGAACAGAGAGUGAGGUCCUGCUUGUAACAAGACCUGCUUUGGUUUUGUGAUUGAGUUAUAGUGCUAUAUACUGAAACCCAAAUUCCCUGGUGCCAUUGUAAAA